AUGUUUUCCAGAGUGUCUGGGGGAGAGCUUUUCGACCGCAUCGUUGAGAAAGGGUUCUACACUGAGAAGGAUGCCAGCACCCUGAUCCGGCAGGUCCUAGAUGCUGUCUACUACCUUCACAGAAUGGGCAUCGUGCACAGGGACCUUAAGCCUGAGAACCUGCUUUACUACAGCCAGGAUGAAGAGUCAAAAAUCAUGAUCAGUGACUUUGGGUUGUCAAAGAUGGAGGGUAAGGGAGAUGUGAUGUCCACAGCCUGCGGGACUCCUGGCUAUGUUGCUCCUGAAGUACUGGCCCAGAAACCCUACAGCAAAGCCGUGGACUGCUGGUCCAUCGGGGUCAUCGCAUACAUCCU